AUGAGUGGAAUGAUGAAAUCUUUAUAUAUUGAGGACAAUGUAUCAAUUAAUUUAAAAAAUAUACCUAUUCCUUAACCUUUAAAUGGUUAAGUAUUGAUUAAAGUAGAGUUCGCUCCAAUAAAUCCAUUUGAUAAAGAAUUUCUAAAUGGAUAUAAAAUAGGAUUAAAACCAUUAGUAGGUACAGUACCUGGAUUUGAAGGAUCAGGUACUGUUAUAGCUUCAGGGUAAUUAGAAAUAUUCAAAAUAUUUAGUGGAGGAUUAUUAGGUUGGUAAUUAAAAGGAAAUAGAGUAGCAUUUUACACAGAGAAUUAAUUUGGAUCUUUUGGUUAAUAUGCUAUUGCAGAUGUUAAUUAUUGUACUGAAUUACCUAAAAAUAUAUCAUUCUAAGAAGGUUGUUGUAGUUAUAUCAAUCCUUUAUCUGUUAUAAUGAUGUAUUAAUUACUUGGAAAUGCUUCUGGAAUAAUAUCUACUGGAGCAUCAACUAAUUUAGGAAGAAUGCUUAUGAGAUAUUGCUAAUCUAAAGGAAUUAAUGUCAUUAAUAUUGUUAAGUCUUAAAUAGAAGAAAAAAUAUUAAAGGAUGAAGGAGCUAAACUUAUAUUAAAUAUAAAUUAAGAUGAUUUUGAUGAUAAAUUAAAACUUAUGUCUUCUUCAUACAAGUAUCAUUUCAAAUUAUAAUAAAUACUUAGUANUGGAAAUUAUAAUCCACAUGUAAUAUAUAUAUAUUGAAUAUUAUUUAGAGAAUAGAAAGAAAAUUAAAAAUAAAUGAAACUAAACCAGCUGAUUAAAUAACAAAACAUAAAGAAUAAGAAAGAAAGAGAGGUAAAUCAUGUUUACCAGAUAUUGGAACCUACAAUCCUGAACCAGUUGAAUUUAACUCUUUUAAUAAACUAUAAUAAAUGUAUAAAAAGAAUGACAAAUCAUCUGAUAAACAUGUAGUUUAUAUUAAAAAAUAUUAUAGAAUUUUGGAAGAGAUGAAAGAUUUAAAGAUCCAAAAAAAAGUAAAUCAAAAUAAGUACCUGUUCCUGGUCCAGGGUAAUAUCCAAUGAUUGUAUAAUGGGCUGGAAAAGAUAAAGAUAAAAAUAAUCCAAAGAAAAAGAAUUAUUUUGAUGUCACUACAAGAGGCAUUUCUCGUUCAAUUUAUUAUUGA